UAAUUGUAACAGAAUAUUUCCCGUGUACAUUAUUCUUGGUGACUGAGUCCAGCAAUUUGUUUCCGGUUGGUUAUAAUUAUUGGCGAUAAUACUCGAUUGUUUACCACGAGGGAUCACGGUGGUAAUAAAUAUUUCGUGGGAUGUUAGUUUUAAUUUAAAAUUUCCAUAAUGCAGUAAAACUUUCCUAGGAUGUUUAUUGAACAGGAUUAUGAAUCAAUUCGCACAUCUAUCAGAAUGUACAUAUCUAACUUCCGGAACCCAUAGGGAAACCAGGGUAUCCGACUGCGAAGGAUACUGCCAAGUACAACCUGGCCAAGUUUACCGAGUCGAACAAGAUUUUAUCCCAUACGGCUCGGGGAGUGGAUCUCUCAGAUUAAAGGUUAAUAUUUGCCUGCAUGACGGCACCUGCGUCGAGAUUAUCAACGCGGACUUGAUCACCGUCGCACCAGGACCCCACUACACGGUGAGGUAUUCUCUCAUCCCGAAUGACGUCGUGUCCGGACAGACAGUGCAAUUAAGAGCAGAAAUCGCUAACCCGAACAAUGGUGUGGUAGAGAUUUGCGUUUCUUGUGAUAUUGAUGUCCUAUAAAACAAUACAUAAUUUUACCAGUUUGGAAAACCUUUAAAUAUUAAAUGAAAUACUUGGGACACAAUUUUUCGCUCAUAUGUGUGUGAAUAAAUAAGACCUUUAGUACAUUUGCAUAUACUUAAGUUUGUAUUGCAUGUAUCAAUUAACUCGUAAAUAUGUACAUGUGCGUAAAUAUGUAAAUGUAAAUGAGUGUGCAGCACAACUUAUCGGUAAAAAAAUAAAGAUUUAAUUUAUAAAA